UUUUGGUUUGAGUCGUAUAAUUUGUUUAUUUCUUCCUUUACUCUGUCACUAAGCCCAUAACAAGCGAGCGUUUUUGAAUCGUGGUCAUGAUCAGAAUCUGUCCGAAACAACAAUACUUCAUCCGAGAAUGAGUACAUGAGUUUUUAAAUACAACUGAGCUGAACACUGUGAUCCCUUCCGCACCACUUUAUUACAUCUAAAGUACUUUUUUCUCCCUUCCUCUACAUCAUGCGUUCGCAGAAAAGACCAAAUUUUUUCAGCCUUUAUAUACUCCUCAGCACUGUGUUUGUCUUCAAAUUUUUUAACGAAAAUCCAAUCCUUGCUUUGCGACCGUUUCUUCUUUGGUAUGGUGCCUUCAUCAGUGUCAGUACCUUCCUCAUUUUCCUCAUCAGACUCCAAUAUCGGCACAUUCUCCACGAAUGAUUGCUCGACAAACGACGAUAAACUUUUUGAAUGACUUGCAUUACCUUCACCACUACUUGAUGCCAUAAUCAAAAAUAAACAUUUAAGAAAUUAACUAAAACAACAAAUUAUCCACAACGAUAAUAAAAUGCACCUACAACAAUGAACGUGAAAUCGCGAAUGAAGUAAACUUGCAUCUCUCUCGCACGCCGCCCGCGUCGCGCAUCGUGUGAUCGAACCUAGUUACCCAUCGUUGAGGCCGGAUUGGUCAAUUUUUAAAGCGCGCCAAUUUGUCUCCGCCCCUUUGAUCAUUUUUUCAUUAAAAUUAUAAAUUGAUGUAUUAAAUUGGUAAUGAAUACUAUUAAUUUAAUAUCUGAACGAAAUAAAAUGUUACUACUGUAUUGGUGACAAAAUAUCAAAUAAAAAGGAGUCGCAGUCAGGGAUCGAUAAUCGAUUUAUUUGGUGACAGAUCUACCAUUCUGAGCACAGAGCUAUUAUUUAAGUAACAAAACUGUUAUUAUAAGAACGAAGUUUAUAUUCAUGUAAUGCAAUAUAAUUUUAUUGGUUAUCGAUCUCUUAUUUUACACAUAUAUUGACAUUAAUUUGAUAAUUCAUACCUGGGAACAAUUUUUGUUUAUCUGAGAACGAAAAUAUUUCGUGGCGAUAGAUCUAUUUAUUAGGUGAUACAACUUGAUGACAAAUAUAAAUUUUGGUGAUAGAAAAUAUAGUUCCCUUUAUCUAUUUAAUAUCUGUAAGGUCCACGUGUAGCAAAUUUUCUAAAUAUCGAUUCAAUGAAAAUUAAAUGUAUUCUUUACAUAGAAAAAUUACAAAACUUCAAUGUUAUUUUGACAUCAUUGUAUGGGCUAAGUUUCAGUUAGAUUAAGAUUUAGCAAAAUUCUGCAAAUGGACCUUAGUGGUAUACUUGUAUACAGUUUUAAAAAAUACAUAAACGCGUUUUUUUCACAAAAUCUCAAAUCAAAAUAUUUUUGGUUCGACACCGACAAAACUAGCGAGUCCGUCUGCGAGAUGAUCUUUAUAACAGGCUAAGGUUGAUACUGUUCUGACUGAUUAAUUCACCCAUCUUUAAAAAGAAUAUCUGAAUAAAACUGAUCACCUAUUUUGUGUGUAUUUUACACGAUUUAAUUUCAUAAAAAAGUCCCCUUUUUCGUUCUAUCAUGCUUAGUUAUAAAGGUUUCAGACUAGACAGCAUUAUAUACUGUCUUAUAUACUGCGCAUUAUAAAAUACUAUACCUUCAUUAUUGCGAGAUCAUGAACAUUUGAUUGCUGUAUUUAAAAAAAAAGUCUAGGUUCCCCUAUUGGCAACUUACCACAAAAAAGGCCUUCCCCAAUUUAUUAAUAAAAUUCGUGGACGCUGCGCCGUUGUCCCGGAAACGAAAAAUUUAUAUUUUGCGUCUCGUUUUGUGAUGAUUGAUACUUGGUUAAAAAUACUGCGCCAUAUGCGGCGUAAAUUUUUUCAUCGUUACGUGAAUAAUUUUCAGUCUAAAAACAAAAAUCUCAGUUUCGUUUAAGUUAGAUAUAGUGUAAUUUAUGUUACUGAUAGAAGUGUGUAAUCAUAAUCAUAGACAGUACAGAAAUGUGCCUAGAAACUAUUAUGCUUACUAUGUAUUUUUAUAGUGCAAUAAUAACAAUGUGAAAUUCGAAGCAGAUCCGUGCCAUUGUUGCACACUUGUCCCUAUAUUUUAUAUUUUGGAAAUUCGAUUUGAAUGUCAAAAUUAUAAUUCAAUUGAACCGCUAGACUGACUUUUAUCACGAUACAUGUAUAUUGAGACAAAAUAAAUUGGGACUAAUUUGCUUCGAAUGGUAGUGAUUUCCAUUAGCAUAAUAUUCGGCAUCUAUGUUCCAAAAUUAUUACCGUAGGAAGACAUGAUGUGAUAGACAUUAAACUUUUUUACGCUACAGUUUAUGUUUUUAUUUUGAGUAAUAAUAUUAGUACGGUAUGAGUGUGAGAGCAGCUAUUGAGUGGCGACGCUCGCUUCUCAUGUGUACCUUGUUUGACAAAGUUACUACGCUUUUUUUUAUUUCCUGAAUUCAAAAAGCCACAGUAGUAUUGGAGAUGAAUAAAUAAAGAGUAUAUCGAGGUGUGAGUUGAGCACUGAUCAGCGAGGCUCCCACGCCUUCCGCGGCCGGUGCAGUUGCAACCGGAGACUGUGUGCAGGGGUGUUCGAUCGUCGCACUCGCGUUGUUGCGGCCCAUUGCCCGCCAGCCGGCCACUACACUCGGCAAUUUAAUAAAUUUGCCGCGCGGGCAUCGUAAACAUAAGCCAUUGUUUCGGCUCAGACGCCAGUUCGAUGAUGACUCCUUGACUUGGCGGCCGCGCGCGUUGAUCGUCUUGCUCAACAUUGACCUCUGCGACUAAAAACAAAAAUGAAAUUUUGGAAGUGCAGUACUAAAAGUGAACGACGUGCAGCUGCUAUUGAAGCGGAAUGCGACGGCUGCGGGAGCGAGGCCGACGAGGGCCGCAGCAUAGGCGAGCUGCUGCUGCCCCAGUAUGCGCUGGCGACGGGCGGCCUCGCUAGAGACCACCGGCCGUUGGUCACCUUCCCGGACCACGGCAACUUCCAUUUACUAUCCACGCUCGAGUACCGCCGCCUGCUGCUCUACCUCACCUCUGUGCCCUCAAUUCUCGAGGCUGAUAUGGGCUUCCAUAUAAUUAUUGAUAGAAGGAAAGACAGAUGGAAUUCAGUGAAAACGGCAUUGUUAAGAAUUUCUGAGUUUUUUCCCGGAAUAAUACAUGCAGUGUAUGUCCUCCGGCCGGCCAGUUUUAUCCAGAAGGCGCUGUCAGAAGUUAGCAGCAAGCUCUUCAAAGAAGAGUUCAGGUUUAGGGUGCACGUAUGCUCCUCAGUGGAUGAGCUAUACGAGCACUUCGACAGAUCUCAACUUACCCCCGACCUAGGCGGGGAGCUGCAGUAUUCACAUUCUGAGUGGAUACAACAGCGAAUAGCUUUAGAUAAGUUUUCGACAUUGAUGAAGGAGAUAUCGGUGAAAUUGGACAACUUUAUGCACGAGAUAGUGGACUGCGAUAUGGGCAAUGAUCCAACACAAACCAAAGAAUUAUUAGACUGUCAAGAAUCUAGGUAUAAAGCUUUAAAAACUGAACUAGCCUCAGCAACAACGCAAGGCGAAGAGUUGCUGACGCAAGUCCGAAAACCAAACCUUACUUAUAAUAUCAUUAGUCAUGUUGCUGCUGUAGAAAGGCUAUUGGUGCAACUUGAAGAGACUGAAAAACAAUUUGAUAAUUUCUGGCAAAAACAUUCCACAAAAUUAAACCACUGGCUUCAAUUUAGGACGUUUUUAUUAAAUUUUAAACAAAUGCAGGCAACAUUAGACGGCCAUCUUAAGACUGCAUGUGAUAUGACCGAAGUUGGCGAGACGGCCAACAGAGUCGAUAACCUCAUACAAGAAGCCAUGGACUUCGAAAAACUCUGCAACUGUGAUCUAGAUACGGCGUCUUCCGUUAUCGAUGACGGUGAGAAACUAAUGCAAGACCCACUGAGUUCGGUGGACCAUUUAGAGUCAAAAUGCGAAGAACUAAGACGAACGAGUGCGUUGCUCAUCGACAAGAUAAAAAAGCGAAAUAUGUUGCUGGCAAAGGCGAGGGAGCUGAUGGACAGGAUUGAUAAGGCAAACGAAUGGUGUGCCAACGGUGUGGAGUUGCUAGCGGGUGAAGGUGGACUGAUAGCCGUAGACAAACUGCUAGAUGACGCGAAGAGCUUCGGCUUAACGGCGCCCGAGGAAUUCCGAGAGAUGCUCAUGCAGUCUGCAACACAGGAAACCAGGGCGUUGGUCACACAGGUGGCACAACGAGUUGAAGACGUGUUUUUGAUGGCGUCAGUGAAACGGGCGACACUCCAACGCGCCGCUGCAAAACCCGCACGGCCGGUACAGUCCGUGCCUCCACAAAGCGCCGUACCAGCCAAUACCAACCAUCAGAUGGAGACCUCUGGCGGGUCCGAGAGCUCCGGCGGCGAGGACGCGGAGGCGCGGCGGUCACGGCGCGGCCACGUGCUCGCCGAACUACUGCAGACGGAGCGGGUCUACGUGCAGGAACUGGGGUCCAUACUCAACGGCUACAAAGAAGAAAUUGAAAAACCAGAGAACCAACAUCUUCUACCCGCGGCACUGGUGGGGCAGGCAGAUGUGCUUUUCGGAAAUCUACACGAGCUGUUUACAUUUCAUCAGGACGUAUUCCUCAAAGACCUAGAGCAAUCUAUAUCUGCUACAGAGCUCGUCGCCUUAUGUUUUGUUGAAAAGAGGGAGACAUUCUUCCGGUUGUACAGCUACUAUUGCCAGAACAUUCCUCGGUCGGAGCGGUUACGAGAGACCCUGGUAGACACGCACCUGUUCUUACAAGCGUGUCAGCUCCGACUCGGCCACAAACUACCAUUAGCCGCUUAUCUACUGAAGCCAGUACAACGGAUCACCAAAUACCAGCUCCUCCUCAAGGACUUGCUGCGAUACAGCGAGUGCGGUUCCAUGACGACGGGUCUACAACAGGCGCUGGACUGCAUGCUCGUGGUGUUGAAGUGCGUCAAUGAUUCCAUGCACCAGAUCGCCAUCACUGGAGUGCCUGUGGAUUUGAACCAACAAGGCGAGCUGUUAAUGCAGGGCUCGUUCUUGGUCGUGUCGGAGAACAAACGCGACUUACGGCUCAGGAUCCGACCGCGACGGCGACACAUUUUCCUUUACGAGAAAGCCAUACUAUUCUGCAAACCAGCCACCAAGAACAGUCACAACAAAGCCACCUAUCACUUCAAACAUGAUCUUCAGAUGUCACAAGUGGGUCUCACGGAAUCAGUGAAAGGUGACACGAGAAAAUUCGAAGUGUGGCGACAAGGCAGGGCCGAAGUUCACACUAUCACCGCACCUACGGCUGACGUAAAGCGGGCCUGGGUCGACCGCAUCAAGCGAGUACUGCUCGACCAGCUGAAGGAGCUCAAGGGGGAGAGAGUGCGGCAGUACGGCGCCCAACAUCACAGGACACUAAUCCAGACUAGUUCAUGGGACGUGCCGCCUACAGUGCAGCCGGCGCGCGUCCUCCACCCCGCCAACACUAACGCGCACGUUACCGUCAACGCGAAUGUCAACGCGCACGUUCCCGUGCUCCCGUCGCGCACCGCCUCGUGCGACGCGCACGACGAGCCCUGCUGGUCUACCGACCCCUCCGACGAUGACGAUGACGAGCCGGACCCUGCGCCGGCAGUGGGGUGUGCGCUGGUCGCGUUGUCGGAUUACACCGCGGUGGGCGCCAGCGAGGUGUCCCUGCGGGAGGGUCAGCACGCCGAGCUACUCAAGGUCGGCUGCGCGGGGUGGUGGUACGUUCGACUUGCUGGCGGGCAAGGCGAAGGCUGGGCGCCGGCGGCAUAUCUCGACCAGCGCAAGACGUCGCGUUCUUCGAGUCGCUCGCACGACCGACUGCACGACCAUUGAACGACCUCCACCACCAACACGACCAUUGAACGACACCUGUCUCGGGUGUUUAACAAACCCCGAACUGGGCAAUUAUGGGGAUAUGAAGAUUCCCAGUCACUUGGUUGACUUCCUUCGUGACCCUCCCGCGAACCAGCCACGGUCGGAACAAAGCUAUGACACUUAUGAGGAUUGUUUGACUCACAUACGAGCUCCGUUCUAUGCUUUAAGUGAUGUCGUUUUGAACUAGAUGAAAAGGUUCGAGUUUCAUUCUUUAGUGUUGCCCUUUUUUAUACUAAAGUGUUCGGUAUAUGUUAAUGUUAUUGAAGAUCUGGCAACAAAAUUAUGUAAAUCAAGUGUUGUAUUGUAAAAAUAAAAACUAGAGAAAUUAGAGAUGUAUGCUCAGUGCGAGUUGUUAUCGUCAAUGUUAUUAUAUAACUGUCGCAGCUCAUUGCGUUUGCCACCAGAUGGUGCUCUUAGAAUGACAAACGAUUUCAAAAUAACGUAAUCGCACUCGCACUGUUCGUGUUGAAUUUAGGAAUCAUUGGUAGAAUUUGAAAUUGGAGCACGUUUGAUGACACGUAGAACAAGGGUAAAGCAUUUCGUAAGAUAGUGGCGCCCCCACUCGUUGUUAUUUAUGUCGAACAAUAAUGUUUGUUAAAAAAAGAAGUAUUGUAAAUGUUGUUCUAAAAAGCUUUAUAUUGUAAAUUAGUGUAGCAUAGGCCUUGUGUUAUUAUAUCGUAUCGUUGCGAGCAUCCAAAGCUAUCCGAUAGAACGUUGUUGAGUGGACAUGAUCGUUAUCAUGUUUAUAUUUCUGUAAAUAAUUAUUUAAUUGUUAAUAAGUAAUUUAUUUCGAUGCUAAAAAAGGCUUUCGGUGUUUACAUACCUAUGUACGUCUCAAUUUUCCAUGACAGUAACUGUGACUAUCGUAUUCUCUGUGAGAUGCGAUGAUGACCUUAAACGUAUCAUUAAGUAUUUUGAAUACGCAUUUCUUUCAGUGAUCAAUCGUUUUUCAUAUCAUAUUUCAUAAUAUAUUUUUUUGUAUCAAUUAAAAAUCAUAAUAAUUGCAUGAGAGUGCUGUGAAUAAAAUUUAUUGGGACGAGAAAAGUGAAGUAAUACGAUAGCUUCUGGUGCAUUAUUGUUUGCAUAUUUUAUAGAAAUUACAUUAUAUUAUGUAUUUAAGUUAACAUUUACAAACUUUACACGUUGUUUCCUAGUCAGCAUGUUUAGAUAAUAUUCGUUCAUGAAAUUUAUAAUAAACCAUUUAUUAUAUAUAUUUGCAGAAAAAAUAUUAAAUCAAACGACUCCAUUUUGUAAACAAGAGUUGUACCU